AUGCUCGAGGCUCGCUCAGACUCGAGCGACGUGACCACGUCCACCACGGCGACGUUUGUGACCGCCCUGGUCACGGCCGCUAUCACCGUCGGUGUGUGCGCCAUCUUCUGGCUCGUCUUCCACAACCGCAAGUCCCUCGUUCGCGUUUACCAGCCCCGCAACAUCCUCGCCGAGGAUGGCAAGCGUGAGCAGCCCCUCCCGGGCGCGCCACACUCUUGGUUCCAUCAAGUCUUCACCCUCGACGACACUGAGAUCCUUCGCCUCAACGGUCCUGAUGCCUACUUCUUCGUCCGCUUCGUCAAGAUCUUUGGUCUCUACAUGAUGCUUCCUUACAUGGUCCUGACCCUCGCCGUCUGUGUUCCUGCCUCUGCCGUCUCGCCCCAGGCCGACGGUACGACUGAGCUGAACAUUCUCACCUUUGGUGCUGUGCCCGCGUCUCAGCCCAACCGUCACCUGGCCCACUUUUUCGUUUCCUUCAUCCUCAUGCUCCUCACCCUUUACCUUCUGUGGCGCGAGUACCACCACUACAUGGAAAUCCGCCUCAACUGGCUCCGCUCUGAGCGUGGCUCUGUCAAGUCGCGUACCGUCGCCCUGGUCAACGUCCCCAAGGACAUGUUCUCCGAGGCCGGUAUCAAGGAGAUUGCCGGUGGAUUGGCUGCGUCCGGCUCUGUCCCUCGUCACAGCGACGUCGGCACUGUCGCUGCCGGCGCCAACGCUGGGGGUGUCACCCACGUCUGGCUCGCCCGCAAGGUCAAGCCCGUUGAGAAGGUCUGGGAGAACCGCGACAAGGAGGUUUACCGCCUCGAGGGUGGUGUCGGCAAGCUUCUCAAGCUGGCUCUCAAGAACGAGCGCAAGGGCAAGACCCCCGAGCAGCUCGGCACCUGGGACCGCGAGUCGUCCAGCGGUUCCGACGCCAUCAUUGAACGUUACGUCCCCGCCAAGAAGGUCCCCAAGUGGAAGCAGGGUUUCCUCGGCCUCUUUGGCAAGAAGAUGAACCUCGAGACUUCGCCCGAGUACAUUCGCGAGCAGAACGAGGAGCUCACCAAGCUCCGUGCCAACCCCGACGACUACGAGUACGGCAACGUUGCCUUUGCCCGGUUCGCCACGCAGGAGGAAGCCCACAACUUUGCUCGCUUGGCCAAGUCGUCCAACAAGUCGCUCCGCAUGAUGGACACCAAGAUUGAGGUCGUCGCUGAUGACAUUAUCUGGUCCAACACUUCGAUGAACCCCUGGCAGCGCAAGGCCCGCACCAUCGGCUCGUGGGCCCUCACUGUCGGUCUCAUUAUCGUUUGGGGUAUUAUUACUGCCUUUAUCGGUUCCAUCUCCAACCUCGAUGCCAUCAAGGAACAGAAGGGGUUCACCUGGCUCCAGAAGAUCCCUGAGAUUCCCUUUGGUAUUGUCAAGGCCCUGCUCCCCACCAUCCUCCUCACGCUUCUCUUCAUGGUUCUUCCCGUCAUCCUGCGUAUCUGGAUCAAGCUCCAGGGCGAGAUCCGCAAGAGCGACGUCGAGCUCAAGCUGUUCACCCGUUUCUGGCUCUUCCAGUUCAUCCAAGGUUUCAUCAUCAUGACCCUUUCUUCGGGUUUGAUUGCCGCCCUUGGUAACCUCGGCAGCACCCUCAGCAGCGUCCCCACUCUGCUUGCCAGCAAGCUUCCCGGCGCUUCGAUCUUCUUCCUGACCUACAUCCUGGUGCAGACCUGGGCCAGCGCUGCCAAGUCGCUCGCCCGUAUCGUCCCCUACGUCAUGUACCAGCUCCGCGGCUUCCUCGCGGGUGGUACCCCGCGCAAGGCCUAUGCCCAAAAGUACAAGAUGGACUCGUUCGGUUGGUCCACCACCUGGCCCCCCGUCUGCCUGCUCCUCCUUAUCUGUAUUGUCUACUCGGUCAUCCAGCCCCUCAUCACCGUCGUCGGUAUCGUCGGCUUUGUCCUCUUCUACUUUGCCUACAAGUACCUUCUUGUCUGGGCUGCCGACCAGGACCAGGCCAUGGAGACUGGUGGUCUGUACUACAUCAAGGCCCUGCGUACCGUCUUCGUCGCUCUCUACACCGAGCAGGUCUGCGUUGCCGGUCUCUUCUUCCUCACCACCGGCUCGGACGGCAAGCGCACCACCGUGGGUCUCGCCUGCGGUGCCAUCAUCGUCGUCGUCGGUGUCGUCACCGCCUGCAUGCAGGCCUACUUUGACCACAUCCUGUUCAAGCGCCAGACCCUGCUCUUUGGUGUCCGCCAGGCCGGUUUCAUGACCACCAGCCAGACCCAGCUCAACGCCGAGGCCGAAAAGGUCUCGUCGGCCGGCCCCGUCGACAAUGCCAGCGAGGAGGGCCUCGACCGCGAGUUUGACCACCCGGCCAUGUGGAAGAAGCAGCCCUGCGUCUGGAUCGCAGACGACCCCACCCUUAUCGGCCGCCACGAGUCGGCGCGCAUCAACGACAUGGGCGUCGAGUCGUCCACCGAGUUUGCCCACAUGAACGAGAAGGGCCAAGUCACCGUCGACCGCAGCCCCCCCGACGAGGCCUGGGACGACCGCGAGCCCGUCGAUUGCUAG